AUGAGUGGUUACGAUAGUGCAUUAUCGAUUUUCAGUCCGGAUGGUCACGUGUUCCAGGUGGAAUAUGCCCUUGAGGCCGUUAAAAGAGGAACGUGCGCAGUUGGUGUUAAAGGUGAGGAAAUUGUCGUGCUAGCAUGUGAGAGAAGAACAACGUUAAAGCUUCAGGAUCCAAGGACAACGCCAUCGAAAAUCAACAAAAUUGACAAUCACGUCCAGCUUGCAUUUGCCGGAUUGAGUGCGGAUGCUCGUAUUUUGAUAGAUAAGGCCAGAGUUGAAGCCCAGUCAUACAGACUAACUUUAGAAGAUCCAGCCAGUAUUGAAUAUAUGACAAGGUACAUUGCCGGAGUUCAGCAGAGAUACACGCAGAGUGGAGGUACGCGGCCUUUUGGUAUUGCCACACUGGUUGCAGGAUUCGAUGCAAAUGAUAAAACGCCAAGGUUAUAUCUGACAGAACCUUCUGGAAUAUAUUCGGCAUGGAAAGCAAACUCGAUAGGACGGAGUAGCAAGACCGUGAGGGAGUUUUUGGAGAAGAACUAUGACAAGAGAAUGCAGGAAAAAAAGGAAAAUGUAGGAGAAAAUGAGGAAUCGACCGGUUUGAACGACGAUGAGACGAUUAGAUUAGCAAUUGAAGCAUUGUUGGAGGUUGUGCAGACUGGUGCAAAGAAUAUAGAGAUAUGCGUUAUGAAGCCGGGAAAGACCCGUGCAUUAACCAAUGAGGAAAUCUCGAAUGUCGUGAAGCAGAUUGAGGACGAAAAGGCUGCUGAGGAGGAGAAGAAGAAGAGUCAUAGAAGAAGAGAUUAG